AUGUCCGACCUCACUAACAUCUUCACUGCCAACGCUUGCCCGCCCGUGGGCCCCUACUCUCAAGCCGUCAAGGCAAAUGGCCAGAUUUUCCUCUCGGGCCAAAUCCCCGCAGACAAGAACGGCAACCUUGUCGAGGGUGACAUCGCAACCAAGACCCAGGCUUGCUGUGACAACAUCAAGGCCAUCCUCGACGCCGCCGGAUCGUCCGUUAGCAAGAUCAUCCGUGUCAAUGUCUUCCUCGAUGACAUGGCGAACUUCGCCGAGAUGAAUGCGCAGUAUGAGAAGUUUUUCACCCACAAGCCUGCUCGUUCUUGUAUCGCGGCCAAGCAACUGCCCAAGGGUGUUCCCGUUGAGAUUGAAUGCAUUGCUCUUGCAUAA